CGUUUUCCUGUGAGGCGGGGGAGUUUCUGGAGAUGUCUUCUCAGGAGUGUACUCAGUGUGCAGCAGGUACCUACUCUCUGGGCAGCGGCAUUCGCUUCGAUGACUGGGAAACCAUCCCUACCGGGUUCAGCUCCCUAGCAACUUACCUCGACAAUGGUCCCCAUGGAAACGACAGCCUCACCUGCAACAGGUGUGUGAAGGGGAGGGCUUACGCCUGUUCUGAUUUUAAAUCAUUGUGGUAUCGCAGUUCUCACAUACAUCUCAUUAAUCUCUGCUGUGUGUGUGUGUGCCCAGUUCGUCCUGGUUCCCCCAGAGUAGUUACCUGGAGUCUAACAGAGAUGAGUGUACUGUCUCUCUGAUCUAUGCUGUCCAUCUGAAGAAACAGGGAUCAGUCUCCUUUGACUACCAGUACACCGACCACAAGCUGUUCUUCGACUUCUUUGUGAGUCUUCUACUUCAUUCACUAAUUUCUAUGAUAUCUGCUAUUCUCCUCUGCAAUACCUUCCAGAACACUAAAUAUACUGAUAUUCACAAAUUGAUUGAUUGGUUGAUGUUCUGAUUGGUUGGCAGAUUCAGAAUGACCAGUGUCAGGAGAUGGACCAGACUGCUGAUAAGAAGUGGCUCAAGCUCACCAGUCACGGGGAGUGGGCCACACACACUGUAAGAGACACAUACUGUCCCCUGUAGCUCAGUUGGUAGAGCAUGGCGCUUGCAACGCCAGGGUUGUGGGUUCGUUUCCCACGGGGGGCCAGUAUGGGGAAAAUGUAUGCACUCACUAACUGUAAGUCGCUCUGGAUAAGAGCGUCUGCUAAAUGACUAAAAUGUGAAAUGUAAAGAGUGGUUUGACAGGUUAGGCAUCCUCUGUGAGGGUACAGCACCAUCUAGUGUCCAGUAUUGGGAUGCUCUUAGUGCAUAGAUGGGCAUUCAUUCCAUGGGCAUUCCAUACAGGUCUCUACUGUGAAAAACAUGUGGUAAAACACAGGUUGGAUCAUUUAUGCAUUGAUUUAUAAGUUGAUCAGCUGUGUGUGUGUGUGUGUGUUCAAGGUGAAUCUGAAGUCUGGCACUAACAUCUUGUACUGGAAGACAGCAGGGGUCCUGGGAGCUAAAGUAAUGAAACCUGUUCUGCUGAAGAAUGUCCACAUAGAGGGUAGGACCUGUGUGUGUGUGUGUGUGUGUGUGUGUCUUUAUUGUAGUUGUUCAUGCCAGUUUCCCUCUUUACUUAUGUGUUAUUUUAUCUCUAUCUCUAGGAGUGGCAUAUGCAUCAGAGUGUUUCCCUUGUAAACCAGGGACGUUCAGUCAAACCCCAGGCUCCUCCUCAUGUCAUCCCUGCCCCAGAGACACCCACUCUGGCCACGGAGCCAGCUCCUGUACCCCCUGCAACACCACCACACACUAUGCUCGUAGGUACACACGCAUAUAAGCAUGCAGACAAGUCUAGGUACACACACCCAUACACACAGUGUGAACUGUUUUAAACAUAUUCUCCCUCUUUCACACACAUUCUCUCCCCCUCUCUUUCAUUCUCUCUUCCAGCGACAGGGUCAGGUGUAUGCAAAGCGAGACCACCAUGCUCCAAGAAGGAUUACUUUCAGAUCCACACCCCCUGUGACCUUGAGGGCAAGGUGAGAAGACCAACUCACCCUCCCAAUACCACAUCCAUUAUCGCUAGAUUGCUUACUCUACACCUAACCAAUACUUUUUGAUCUACACCAGUACCCUGCAGGGGUUAGCCAUUCUAGCACCUGUAUCCCUAUAAUUCAAUGUCUGUGUCCUCCAUGCUCUCUGUAUGGUUACAGUUUCCUCAUCCUCCAUGUUGUCUCUGUGUGUGUGGUUUCAGACACAGGUGAUCUACAGGUGGGUGGAGCCUCAGAUCUGUCUGGUGGGUGUGGCUGGGGCUGAAACACUGCCCCCUUCAGGUGACCGUGAGACAUGCCCCCCCUGCAACCCCGGUUUCUAUAACAACAACACAGCCACCUGCUCUCCUUGCGCCCCUGGGACAUUCUCUGAUGGGGUCAAAGGUGACAAAAUACCCCUUUCUCCCUUGUCCUUCUCUAUCUCUCUUGUCCUUGUUCUGCUUUGCCCAAUGGGUGCUGGUUUUUAUUUAUGUUUGAUUUCCAAAAUGUUGAUCUCUCUUCCUCUCCCCAUUGUCUCUCUCUCCCAGCGUGUGAGUCGUGUCCGGCAGGUACUGAGCCUGCUGUAGGUUAUCAGUUUAAGUGGUGGAACAUUGUACCAGCCAACAUGAAAACGUCCUGCUUCAACGUGGGAAACUCCAAGUGUGACGGCAUGAACGGUGGGUUGGUGCAGGUGCUCUCUCUGAGGUCUAGAGGGCACUGUUGCUCUUUACUGUUGUUGACAAGUUCCUCUUAGGCCAUGGGGUAAGAUAAACUACCCUCCUCCUGGAAAGCUGCUGGGUAGGCAGGCUUUUACAGCAGGAUAAGAACAAAUAGAGGGUAGCUCUCCAGAAGGAGGGUUGGAUACCCCUGCCUUAGACACUUCAGCAAAAUGUAUAGGUGGGCCACAGGCCACAUUUGAGUUAAAUAGUCAGGGAAGACCCUGUUGUGUGUGUGCGUCUUUUCUGAUACGUAUGUCUCUCCUUCAGGUUGGGAGGUAGCGGGGGAUCAUAUCCGCAGUGGAGCAGGGGGCUCUGAUAAUGACUACCUCAUCCUCAACCUCCACGUACCUGGCUUCAAGUGAGUCCAAUAACCUCAAUCUGUCUGUCAGUUUCUCUCGCUCUGUCUCUCUUCCCCUCUCCUAGCUCUCUCUUAAUGUGUGUGUGUCCAUCCUCAGGCCUCCUAUGUCAGUAACAGGUGGUGCAGGGACAGAGUUUGGCCGUAUCAUCUUUGAGUUUGAGAUGGUGUGUUCAUCUGACUGUGAGCUGUACUUUAUGAUGGUGAGAACAGCAGAAGAUAAAGAAAAACCCACACUCACUGCAAACUAUACAGUAGCAUAUACACAAGUGUGUGGGUAUUUCUAUUCCUUUAAUAUUACUUUUGUAAUUGGCACCUGGAAAAUAGUUGGACAUGUGUAAACUACUUUUUUACAUAUAAAAAAAAAUGACAUCACUGUGUGUAGGAUAUAAACAGGAAGAGUACGACGGUGGUGGAGUCGUGGGAGGGCAGUAAGGUCAAACAGUCGUACACAUACAUCAUGACCAAGAACGCUUCUGUAUCAUACACAUGGGCCUUCCAGAGGACCAACCAAGCCUCUGAAGUAAGUACACACAUGCACACAGACACAAUGCAGUAAUACAGACACAAUGCAGUAAUACAGACACAAUGCAGUAAUACAGACACAAUGCAGUAACACAGACACAAUGCAGUAACACAGACACAAUGCAGUAAUACAGACACAAUGCAGUAAUACAGACACAAUGCAGUAAUACAGACACAAUGCAGUAAUACAGACACAAUGCAGUAAUACAGACACAAUGCAGUAACACAGACACAAUGCAGUAACACAGACACAAUGCAGUAAUACAGACACAAUCGUAUACUAAUAGAGCACUUUCUCCCUCUUACUACUUGCCUCUCUCUUUCUCUCUCCUCCAGGUGCGUCAGAAUGUGAACGACAUGGUGCGUAUCUACUCCAUCUCAGUGAGUAACGCAGUAGACGGUGCGUCGUCAGAGUGUCAGGCCUGUGCCCUCCUCUCCCAACCCUCCGGCUCACUGUGUGUACCCUGCCCUCCAGGACACUACAUACACACACACACCAGCCAGUGCACAGAGUGCCCCCCCAACACACACCUCACCUCACACAGCACCCAGAGCCCAGAGGCCUGCAAAAAGUGUGGACCAUCCAGCAAGAGUAACAAGGUGUGUGUGUGUGUGUGUGUGUGUGUGGGUAGAGCUUGGUGAAUAAAAGUGUGUGUCCAAUGUUUCUUCCCCCAGAUGCAUAGUGCACAAGUGAAUAAUGUUUGUGUUUUUUUAGGAGCACAGCAGGUGCUACAGUGACUGUGUGUUCUCCUACUCUGAGAACAAAGUGUCUCUGAGUUUUGACUACAGUUCUCUGGGCUCUGUUGGAACACUGAUGAACGGACCCCAUUUUACCUCCAAAGGAACUAAGUACUACCACCUCUUCAACAUCAGCAUCUGUGGAGGAGAGGUACACACGCACACAAGCACACACACACACACACACAGACACGCAUUGAUGAACUAUAUUUUCAACCUACAAUUACAUUGUGAUCCUGAAUUGAGCCUCAAUUCUCAGGAUAUGAGGGCUGUGUGUACAGACAAUGUGACUGACCUAUCCAGCGCCGACUCUCAGAGAGAGACAGGUGAAUCAGCCAAUGCGGUGGAGAGUUUCAUCUGUCAAUCAACCAUCAUCCCCUCCAGUGGGCGGGGCUUCCGCACAGCACUAUCCUCCCAGUCCAUCAGCUUAGCAGACACGUUCCUGGGUGAGUACACACACAACCAAACACACUUUCCUUGUGACCUGAUGCCGAUCUUUGGCGCUGGUGUAUAAUAGGUGUUGAUUGAUUGAUGGACAGGGUUGAGGAGUAACGGAUUACAUGAAAACUGUAAUCCGUUACAUUACCAGCAAAAAUAUUGUAAUCAGAUUACAGAUACUUUUGAAAAACUAGAUGAUUACUUCUAGGAUUACUUUUAAAUUCAGAAAGGAUGUUUACGAGAGAUUUUUUGGGGACACCUUUCUGUUUUCGCAAUGACAUUCAAAUCAGCAUUGAAAAAAGGCGCAAAAAACUUUGUUCCGUCUGAGCAAGUCUGACCACAAGUCAGAGACCACUGAUGACACAGCAAAUGCGUUUGAUGGAUUGCGGGGAAAGAGCAGGAAUAGGCUUUUGUAGGGUACAUUCCAAGCUAUAUCUUCCAAUGGUGCGACUGCUGUAGGCAUCCAAAGAUUAUCCAACUUGAAUAAACGCUUGAAGGUAAGGAUGACAGCAGUGGUGUAGCCUACGGGCGACACGGAUAUCACUUAUUAUUGAUAUCUACAUAGCGCAUUGAUGUGGAUCACACUGCUGCUCUCUCAUUUACCUAUUUGCCCCUUAUGGAUUUUGGUUGUUGUGGAUGGCUGUUCACAAAUGUAUAUAUGUAUUUUAACCCAAUAAUGGUUGAAUUGAAGAAGUUUAAGCUGCCUAUCAAUCAUUGUUUUUGCAACCAGUGGACAGCCGGUGAAAAAUGCGCUCUUGCAGCAGCUGCAUAGUGCGGAUGGAGUUCCCUUCUAAAGUCCUCCACGGUAUUGUGCUCCAGACUGUCAAAAGUGAGUUUAAUUUAAGAAGACCACGAGUGGGGCUUUAAUUGCUCAAUCUAAUUAUUGAUGGAAAAGGCCUAAGGCCUUACUGACACAUGCUCAAACUGGUGCACUUUUGACAGUCUGAAAGGGGCUAUCUUUAGUUGCUGCAUUCAUUUUUGGACGAAUAAAUUAAUGACAUAUAUCCUUUGAUUCUUGAAGAAUAUAAUUUAUAAAUGCCUAAUGAACCCAAAAUAUAAGCUUGUUUUUCUCCAAUGUUUGUAAACAUUGUAAAUGUAUGCAUACACUGUGUAGCCUAAAAACAUGGUUAAAACAAGAAUUGUUAUAUCAUGGAUGGUCAGUCCUUGCAUCCAUAGCUCUGUCUAUUAAUCUGAGAGUGAUUACAUUUUUCCAGGCCCAUCCCUCAGCUUUUUACCAAAACAGAGGCGGGGUGUGGCUUUGUUAUUGUUUCAACUAUAGAUUCGCCCUUUAAACAGCUGCAAAUUAUUGAGAUAUCAAAGUGUCACCAACAAAAACGUAAACAAUAGGCCUAUAGCAAAUGCAGCAUAUGGCGUACAUUUUUCACAUUAAAUAGCAUUUUUUGGUAGUACUCAAAGAAUACCAUUACAUGAGAGCAGCAUUUAUUUUCAACUCACAGCAAUGAGCCCAAUCAGUCCUCCAUGACAACAAAAUCAUAAACAACCGAGUAGGCUAAUAAAUCCUUAGUUUUUGUGUUAUCCUCAGGUAAAACAAUUUGGCUAAUCUAUAUACUUCCAUAAUUCCAAGUUCUAUUCUUGAAGAUCAAAUUAAUUGGAAUUACUCUAAAUCUGACUUUGGGUUUGAAUGUAAAGAUAUAACCUAAUCAUAUUAUUAUCUGUAGUAGAAAGCAAUGGGUUAGAAGAAGCCUACAUAACCAACCCAUAAAGUAAAAUGCAUCAAUUUAUGGCCAGCUAUGUCAACUCUAACAAUGAUUUAUCCUGCAAUAGAUGUCGUUCUGUUGGUAAUAUUCCUUUUGGUCUUCAUCUAAUGCCUCAUAAGUGGAAAGUAAUCUAAAAGUAACUGAAUGAAAUCAGAUUACGUAAAGUUACUCAUUACAAUUUUCAAAAGGUAACUAGUAACUGUAAAGUAACCUACCCAACCCUGUUGAUGGAUGGAUGUGUGUAGGAGCAACAGUGGCCUUGACUCUGGAUGGAGUGAAGGCAAGACCAGACCUGUUCCCACAGACCACCAACAAAGUCCGAGAUGUAAACUUCUUCUACCGGUAGGUUUAUGUUCUCUACAUUCUAAAACACAACUUAUUCUGUGGAUACUGUUAUUGAGGCUCAAUACUCUAAUAGUUUGGGGUAGUUUGUAGUAGCUCUUACACAGUAGAACCCUGCUGUUUUUUCACCAUAUGUUGUGUUUCUAUUGAUUAGUUCUCUGGAGGCAACCUCGUCAUGUGAAGCAGGUCGUAAUGUGGUGGUGACACUUCGCUGUAACUCGGAGAGGAGCACACAAGGAGAACUCACAGUACCCAGGUACUUACUGUCUGUCUGUCUCCUUCCCGCUCCUCUUCCCCCCCCCCCUCUUUCUUUCUCUCUCUUUUCCUCUUUCUGUCUUUCUCAGAAACUGCAGCCUCAAUGGAGAUUUCUACUAAAAGGAGCGACUUGAAAGAAGUCCAAGCUUGAAACGAACUGCAAGCUGAAUUCACAGAAACUCUGAAUCUUCUUGUGACUGUUAAAUUAGUAUGAAGUAGUUUGGUUUUGCUCCCAGGCAGCUAGUUAUCUAACUCUGUGUGAUGAGGCUGCAGACUGGGGGAAUGAGGGAAGCUGAGGACAAACAUGGAUUUAUCAUUCAGAUUUGAUCAGAUUAAAUCUCAUUGAGACUGUCCUUAUAAAGUAAAGCGUAGAUACAUACAUAACAUUAACGGUAUGUUUCUCUGUUGUAGUCAGUGUCCGGCAGGGACGUGUGACGGCUGUAUCUUCCACUUCCUGUGGGAAAGCUCGGGGGCGUGUCCUCAGUGUACCCCCACAGACUACCACCAGAUAGAGGCAGCCUGCAAGGGAGGACUGCAGGUGUGUGCGUGUGUUAUACUUACCAUUCUAUGUGUUCAGUUAUAAACCGGGUGGUUUGAGCUCUGAAUGCUGAUUGUCUGAAAGCAAUAUACCACGCGUAUGAUACUUUUUUUACUGUUCUAAUUACGUUGGUAACCAGUUUAUAAUAGCAAUAAGGCACCUAAGGGGUUUGUGGUACAGUAUGUGGCCAAUAUACUAUGGCUAAUGGCUGUAUCCAGGCACUCCACAUUGCGUCGUGCAUAAGAACAGCCCUUAGCCGUGAUAUAUUUGCCAUAUACCACACCCCCUCAGGCCUUAUUGCUUAAUUAUAUUAUAUUAAAUUCAGCUUUAUCAUGUGUGUGUUUCUGCUCUCUCCCCAGGACAAGCUGUAUGUCUGGAAUGAACCAAAGCUGUGUGUUGGAGGGGUGUCCCUCCCGGAGAACAAGACCUGGCCGUGUAAUAGCAUGGACUUCUUGGUAAAGAUGGGGGCGGCGAUAGGAGCAUUCACCGCCGCACUGCUCUUCUCCAUCACCUGCUACUUCUGGAAGAAGAACAAGAGGUAGGAACUGAUUCAGUCCUUCACUCCUUCAUUAAUUAAUUCAAACUUCUGGAAGAACAAGUACUGUAGGUUUGAAUUUUCUAAGUCCCACCUCCCCCUGUCUCUGAUAGGCUGGAGUAUAAGUACUCAAAGCUGGUGAUGUCGUCCAAUAAGGAGUCUGAACUGCCGGGGGCGGACAGCUGUGCCGUGAUGGAGGGAGAGGUGGAGGACGAGGUGGUCUACUCCAAAAAAACAUCCCUGAUACGCAAACUCAAAGCCAUCACAUCUAGAGUAAGAAUUAAAAACUAUGCAGAAAUCAAACUAUAUUACCUACAUGUGUGUGUGAGGUGUGUGUGCGUACAUUUGCGAGUGCAGAAUCUGUUUCUCUCAUGGUAAUGCUAGAUCAUGGACUUACGUGUGCAUGUGUCUGUUUCAUCCACAGGGAAACAGAGAAAGGUAUGAAAAUGUCCAGUUGAACUCCUCACAGUCAAACGGAUUGGUGUGGGGGUGAAGAAAGAGGAAAGCGAGAGGGAGAGAGAGACCAACCCCUCAGAGAGAUUUUUUCAACAGAUCACCCCUGUUGAGUGUUUGAACCCUUAACACACACAACCAGAACAUACAUACCACAGGAGGUUGGUGGCACCUUAAUUGGCGAGGAGGGGCUCGUGGUAAAGGCUGGAGUGGAAUGAGUAGAAUGGCAUCAAAUACAUCCAACAUGGUUUCCAUAUGUUUGAUGCCAUUCCAUUUGCUCCGUUUCGGCCAUUAUUAUGAGCUGUCCUCCCAUCAGCAGCCUCCUGUGAUACAUACACACAUGCAGAGUACACACACACCCUAAGAGAACACACACCCAUAAUGCAUGCGCACCGACACAAACACAUGUGAAAGGACAUUACACCCUUCUGACCUCAUCCCUGGAUUGUUGGCAUAUGGGUGGCAUGAUUUAAGAGGGUGUGUAUGGUGUGGUAUAUGGGUGGUGUGAUUUAAGAGGGUGUGUAUGGUGUGGUAUAUGGGUGGUGUGAUUUAAGAGGGUGUGUAUGGUGUGGUAUAUGGGUGGUGUGAUUUAAGGGGUGUGUAUGGUGUGGUAUAUGGGUCGUGUGUAGAGUCUAAAUGUGGGAUGUUUUUGUGUUGUUUUUUUCGUCACUCUGUUGUCAGGUUGCUUUGGUGGCCAUGUUGUUUUCACUCAGGUGUUUUGCCGUCUGAGACCAACUUCACACCAACCCUAAGCUCUUUCUUAAUAAUCUGGAUAUGAGUAAAGAAACAGUGUUCCACCGUGCCCUCUGAAAGGCUGGUUGGGAUUUUUUGCUGUACAAUCCUUUGAGAUCUACAGAAGUGCUCACAGAGCCCUAGAUACCCGGCAGACUUACACACACACACCCUAGUACAGUCUCAUCUCAGUCUGACCAGCACUAUCCGUGAGCCGUGACACAUUUGAUCUGUCUGUUUGGUUUGUUUUAGGGGGGCUGUGUAGGCUUUGGGUUACCAUGGUGAUGCUGAAGAGGGAUUGUCCCGCACCCUCUCCUAGUUCAGCCAGGCGUGGCGAUGUUGCAAUAUGCAUACGAUGAUACGAUUCUGACCUCCUUUCUGUUAUUUAAAGUGAAAUAAACGAUAAUGUGUUUGUGUACACUUUGAAUCUGUCGCUUCACUUCUAAUGGAAGUCCUGCACACACAAGAAACAGCAGACAAGACAGGCAUAUCAUUUGUUAUUGUUUAUUAUGAUGUCAUCAUGUCUUCAUUAUUGCAGCAUCAUGAGCUCUAUUGCUUUGUGAUUGUCCAAAGAGGUCAGGGUUCACCUUGACUCCAGAUUGUGGAGUAGGGUGAAAUUGUCCCUAACCACUGAUACGUUGUCAUCUAAUGGUUACGGUUAGAAUUGAGGAUAUGGCAACUUCUACCUUGACUCCAGAAUGUUCUGGCCUGUUCCUUUAACAUCUGGGGAACACUGGUUAAUUCCAGUUGAGAAUACGCUGUGAAAGCGAAAACAUUAUUUGUUAACAUUAUUAAAGACCCCUUUGGACACACUUCGUACCAUUAGCAUUGAUACUGAUAAUGGUAAAACAAUGACUGUUAACGUCUCUGUUCUGUUGUACUGUUCUGCAUUGCUAGUAAAUGACCAGUCACUUUCAUAGCCUAUUCCCAUAUGUACACAUUGCAUUCCCUGUUGGUCAAGUUAAGUAGUACAGUUGUCUUUUUCAAAGGGAGUAGUUAUAUGCCUCCUCUUAUCUGUACUAUUUUUACAGGAUGAAACUGCUUUGAGUUGAACACAGCUCACACAAACAGACUGCAACACUAACUCCUCUCUCUCCAUCUAUUCCUCUUCCAUCUCCUCAAGGCUCCUGUUGUGACAGCCCCAUGUCCUUGGCUUGUAUAUGAGUCCGGUUCUGUAUCCGUGUGCUUGGCCUGUUGGAGUGGGCUCACAGAACUCUUCUUGGCAUGAUGUGUUGCAGUGGGCUCAGGAUCCAUACAGAGCCUGUCUUAAGCUAUCUUGGCUCAGACAAGUGCACCAGCAAAGUUUCACAAGAUGAGAGUGAAGGGAGACUGCUGUGGGUGACGGAGAAAGAUGGGGAGACAAAGGCUGGAAGUGAGAUGGAGAGGUGGAAUGUGGAGAGAAGGAAUGGUUGAGAGAGAGUUUUCCACCAAGUCCCAUCAUUAGAGACAACUUGAGUGUGAAUCAACAUCCCCCACCUCUGUUCUUCAUCCUUGACUCCCCCAUCCCACUCCAUCAGAACAAAAGGAAUUGUGAAAGCGGAUGUUGCAGUGGUUUGCCAUAGCGAUGUGCAAUGCGGGGAGGGGAUGGGAGGGUGUAGUAUCUGGUGGGUGCAGGGCUGGGGAGUGAAUACAUAAGCCUCGGGACAACAAAGCCUCCCAAUCUCUGAGCUCUGUGUAUGUUAGUGUGUGUCUGGGCUGAACAAUGCUGCUCUGCCUCCUGGGCCAUGGGAUGCUUUUACAUAAUCCAGCUCCUCUGCCUGCUGCAACACACACACACUUCUUUAGGUUUGCUCAAUCACAGAAACACUCUAUCUCUCCCUCUCUCGUUGUGUCUGUCUUUCACCAUUGCUAAGCCUUGGGGGAAAUGUUUGACAGGCGCACUGCGUCAGAGGUGUAACAACGGUUAUCACACCCCAGGAAAUCCUGUUAGCAGAGAGGGGUGUGGCCUCAUUCUACUGGACUCCACUUCCUGUGUUUCACACUACAGAAAAGUGGGAUGAAGGAAAGAAGACGAGGCGACCUGUAUCGGAAUCCAUU